AUGGCCACUCCUAAGCGGUUUCCGACGCUCGUACAGCUGGAACAGAGAGAAGGGACGCUAUUCGAGGUGCUCGGUAACCUCACCAAGCGACCCUAUUGGUUCCACUCCGAGUAUCUGAAGAGUCCGAAGGCUGUUCACCUCGAGGCGUGGCUGGUGGAGGCGAUUUUCGGUCGGGGAGGAGAGCACAUACCACACGUCGAGUGUGUGUCACAGACCCUGCUUCACGUUAAUCAUUGGGACCCCGAGGGCGAGGCUGAGAUCUUGAUAUUUGGUCGGCCCUAUUACCAGAAAGAUGUAUCCAAGAUGAUCAUGAAUUUGGCUGACUAUCAUCGCCAACUCCGGGCACAAAGCUCAGAGAAGGCCCCUGCCCAGGAUGUAGGGACGCAGCGGUCCCCCGACGCUGUCCCGGAGGCGGGGACCCAGAGCUCUCCAAAGUCUGUCCGGGAGGCGGCGACCCAGCGGUCCGACGACGCAGCUCCGCAGGUGGCGAGCCAGAGCUCUCCGAAGUCUGUUCAGGAGGCGGCGACCCAGAGAUCCCCCGACGCUGCCCGAGAGGUGGCGACCCAGAGCUCUCCGAAGGCUGUCCGGGAGGCGGCGACCCAGCAGGACCCCAAUGCUGCCCAGGAGGUAAAAGUAUUGACAGCUAGUAAAAAGGUCAGUCUGGACAAUUUUUGA